AUGAAUUCUCAAACUUUUCUUCAAACGCAAAACGAUCAAAAGCCACAAAAUGUCUACAUUGAUCCAAAUAACAACAAUUCGAGCGGUUACAUAAAGGAUUUUUAUAAUGAUGCGACAAUUUUCGUUACCGGUGGCACAGGUUUUCUCGGAAAAGUUUUGAUAGAAAAACUUUUACGGAGCUGCGACGGUUUGCGUUCCAUCAUAAUUUUACUGCGUCCCAAACGAGGACUUUCGUGCGAGCAACGUUUCUCGGAAUUCCUCAAACAUCCCGUUUUCGAUCGAAUUCGCAAAAAGACCCCCGAGCGUUUGUCGAAAGUCGAAUAUAUUUUUGGCGACAUAAAUUUACCGCAGGUCGGUUUGGGUGACCAAGACAUUCAGCGACUUACGGAAGAAGUAAAUAUCGUUUUUCACGUGGCAGCAACUGUGCGAUUUAAUGAAUCACUCCAAGAUGCUGCCAAUUUGAACACGUUGGGUACGAAACGCAUCAUGGAAUUGUGCGCAAAAAUGACUUGUUUGAAGAGUAUCGUGCACGUGUCAACAGCUUACAGCAAUCCAUUGCGGAAAAAUGUGGGAGAAUUGGUUUAUCCGCCGCAUUGUCCUGUGAACGAGGAAGUUUUCUUGAAAUGUAUCAACGUGUUGCCAGGCGAGGUGUUCAAUAUGAUGACCGAUAAAUUUCAAGGGGAACAUCCAAACACUUAUACGUUGACGAAGAGCAUGGCGGAACAAAUUGUCGCUGGAUUUGGCCAAACGUUGCCAAUUUGCAUCGUGCGACCAUCAAUUGUGACGUCAGCGUAUGAGGAACCGUAUCCCGGAUGGAUUGAUAAUGUCUAUGGAAUUACAGGAAUCGUUAUGGAAAUCGGUCGUGGAACCAUUACAAGUGUCAUGGGUGAAAAAAAGUUUAUUGUUGAUUUAAUUCCUGUGGAUAUGGUUGUCAACACCAUGAUUACCGCUGCUUGGAAUAACGCCAAUUUUGGUGCAAAGUCCGUUCGUGUCUACAACUGCACUUCUGGCCAAAUAAAUCCAAUAACCUGGCAAGACUUUGGUAUCUUGCUUCAGAAAUAUUGGCGAAAACAUCCCACAAAGUACGCGAUGCUCUACCCGAGUUUCAAUUAUCGCACAAAUUAUCCCGUUCACAAGAUCAUCGAGACUUUUCUGCACAUCCUUCCGGCCUACGUGUUUGAUAUAAUUCUCCGUUUGCAGGGCAAGAAACCGAUUAUGAUGAAAAUUGCCCGAAAAUUCCAAAAGGCCGGCGAAACAGGCACUUUUUUCGCCACGCACGAAUUCAUCUUUGAAAAUACGAAUUUGCGACAACUCGUUAGCGAAGUGAAAACCAUGAUUGACGGAAACGAAUUUUAUUGCGACAUGAGUCAUCUGGAUUGGGAGAGUUACUUGGAGAACUACAUGUUGGGAAUUCGGCAAUACGUUUUGAAGGAUGGACUUGAGUCACUUCCGAGUGCACGGAAGAAGCUAACAAAGUUGUUGUGGAUGAAGAGAAUAUUGCAAAUUGGAUUUUUGUUCUUUUUGUAUCAAUUUAUGACGCAAAAUGUUAGCUUUUUAUACAAUUAA